AUGUCUGAUCCACAUGUUCUCACAUCACUGGAAGACGGUACCGGCAACUCGGCUCCGACUAAGGACAGAUUUUCUGGGCUUUGUACAUCUGCUGAGAUUGUUCACCUUCUCCAAAAGCUAAUUGCGGAGGUGAUCGGAACAUAUUUCUUGAUAUUUGCCGGGUGUGGUUCGGUUGUGGUGAACAAGAUAUAUGGUUCGAUAACGUUUCCAGGGGUGGCUGUCGUCUGGGGCGUAAUCGCUAUGGUCAUGAUCUAUUCCGUCGGUCAUAUCUCCGGUGCCCAUUUUAAUCCCGCCGUCACCAUCACUUUUGCCGUCUUUCGCCAUUUUCCUCUAAAACAGGUACCUUUGUACAUUGUGGCGCAGCUUAUAGGCUCCUUACUUGCGAGUGGGACGUUAUGCCUUGUUUUCACUGUACAUACGGAUGAGUUCUUUGGAACCGUACCGGUUGGAUCCUAUCGUCAAUCUUUGGUCAUUGAGAUCAUUGCCUCAUUUCUCUUGAUGUUCGUCAUUUCCGGCGUCGCCACCGAUAACAGAGCUAUUGGAGAAUUGGCAGGAAUUGCUAUAGGCAUGACCAUUUUAGUCGAUGUCUUCGUUUGCGGGCCGGUAUCAGGGGCGUCAAUGAACCCAGCUCGGAGCAUUGGGCCGGCAGUGAUCAUGAAGAUCUACAAAGGACUUUGGAUUUAUAUUGUAGGCCCAAUAAUUGGGACGAUGUUGGGUGGAUUGGCAUACAAUUUGAUAAGAUUCACCGAUAAACCACUCCGGGAAAUAACAAAGAGCGCUUCCAUGUCUAUCAGGAGCGUUCCGGUCCUCAAGUCCGUGUCUCGAAACACCACUUUUAACAGUAGAACCUAA